AUGGAGGGCGCCACCAAGCCUGCUCACUUCGUGCUCUUCCCAUGGACAGGAACCAUCAGCCACGUGAUCCCCAUGACAGACCUCGGCUGCCUCCUCGCGUCCCACGGAGCCGAGGUCACCAUCAUCACCACGCCCGUCAACGCAGCGAUAGCACAGAGCCGUGUCGACCGCGCCCCGGUGUCACGCUCACACGGUGCCGCCGCGAUCACGGUCACCGCGGUCCCGUUCCCGGCCGCGGACGCCGGCCUGCCCGAGGGCUGCGAGAGGAUGGACAUGCUCCGGUCUCAGGACGAGGUGCCUCGCUACUUCGUGGCCAACAGAGCGUUCGGCGAGGCAGUGGCGCGGUACUGCCUCGGCGAGGCGCCACGACGCCGUCCGAGCUGCAUCAUCUCCGGGAUGUGCCAGACGUGGGUGCUAGGCCUGGCGCGCGAACUCGGCGUGCCCUACUACGUCUUCCACGGCUUCGGCGCCUUCGCUUUGCUCUGCAUCGAGUACCUGUACAAGCACAGGCCGCACGAGGCUGUCACGUGGGACGACGAGCUGUUCGACGUCCCGGCGCUGCUGCCUUUCUAG